GUCAACUAAUUGUAAGACGAAGAAAAGAAAACGAAGAAAUUCCUUGCAUCUUCGGAUUUGAGGUCCUUCGAUUUUCCUGUUUAUCUACUGAAUUAUUUUCCAAAUUCGCACAGUUCAGAUGUAUUAAUAUCAAGUGAGCUCAAUCACGGCUUCGGUAUUCGACGAGAUGAACAGUACGCGAUUGCUUGUUACAUUAGCGGUAGUGAUACUGCAAUGUUUAGCAGUGCAAACCUUUUACGUCCCGGGAGUAGCUCCGGUAGAGUUUAAGAAAGGACAAAAGAUUGAUGUUAAGGCUGUCAAAAUGACUAGCACCCACACACAGCUCCCCUACGAGUACUACUCAUUGCAGUUCUGCUUGCCCAAAAACGGGACACUGGUGUACAAGAGUGAGAACCUCGGCGAAGUGCUUCGUGGUGAUCGAAUUGUAAACACUCCGUAUGAAGUCAGGAUGGCUGAUAAUGUACGAUGUAAGCUUUUGUGUAAUAGCAAGGAUCGACCGCUAAACUGGGAUCGAGAACAAUCGGAGAAGGUUGCCGAGAGAAUUAGGCACGAAUACUUUGUACAUUUGAUUGUUGAUAACCUGCCAGUGGCGACCAAAUUUGUGAAUCCAGAUACAAACGAACUUCAGGUCGAACACGGGUAUCGACUUGGUCAAACUGACGGUAACAAUGUUUACAUCAAUAAUCAUUUGAAGUUCCGACUAUUCUAUCAUCUACACAGCGAGAACCAGUAUCGCGUCGUUGGAUUUGAAGUAGAAACGUUAUCUGUGCAUAUGAACGAAAUCCACUUCGAAGGAGAUACGUGUAGUUUUCCCGAAAAUCCAAGGCCACAACCAGUAACCGUUCAUGCUGGUCACACGCAACUCUUUUUCACCUACUCUGUCGAGUGGCAGGAUUCUUCGGUGAAAUGGGCCUCACGAUGGGAUAUCUAUUUAGGAAUGAACGAUGUUCAAAUUCAUUGGUUCAGUAUUAUUAAUUCUUUGGUUGUGGUGUUUUUCCUUUCUGGUAUUCUGACAAUGAUUAUGGUUCGAACAUUGCGACGAGACAUUGCAAAAUACAACACGGACGAUAGUGUUAAUAUCGAAGAUACCUUGGAGGAAACGGGAUGGAAGUUAGUUCAUGGAGAUGUAUUCCGUCCGCCGAGGCAUCCCCGACUGUUUGCUGCAGUGAUAGGCAGUGGAAUCCAGAUAUUUUUCAUGGCCUUAAUUACAAUCAUUAUUGCUAUGUUGGGAAUGUUGUCGCCCUCGUCUCGAGGGGCAUUAAUGACCGCUGGAAUAAUGCUGUAUGUGUUCAUGGGUUUGAUUGCCGGAUAUUUCUCCGCUCGUCUGUAUAAGACUAUGAAGGGACGAAACUGGGAGCGAGCUGCUUUCCUAACCGCCACGCUUUUCCCUGGACUUGUAUUUGGAACAUGUUUCAUAUUGAACUUUUUCAUCUGGGAUAAGGACUCGAGUGGAGCCGUUCCUUUUGGCACGAUGGUGGCGUUGUUGUGCUUGUGGUUUGGCAUAUCACUACCGCUGGUUUAUCUGGGAUACUACUUUGGUUUUAGAAAGCAAGCCUAUCAACAUCCAGUGAGGACAAACAUGAUCCCCAGACAAAUUCCUCAUCAGCACUGGUACAUGAAUGUUGGACUGUGUGUUCUAAUGGCAGGUAUCCUACCGUUUGGGGCUGUCUUCAUAGAACUGUUUUUCAUAUUUUCGGCCAUCUGGCAGAACCAGUUUUAUUACUUGUUCGGCUUUUUGUUCCUCGUAUUCUGUAUCCUGGUCGUGAGUUGCGGACAAAUUUCUAUCGUCAUGACGUACUUUCAGCUUUGUGCCGAGGACUAUCGUUGGUGGUGGCGAAGCUUCAUCGUUUCCGGUGGAUCAGCUGCGUACAUUCUGUUCUACAGCAUAUUUUACUUCUUCACCAAGCUUGAAAUUACGGAAUUUAUUCCAACUUUGCUGUACCUCGGUUAUACCGGUCUCAUGGUGAUCACGUUCUAUGUGUUGACGGGAACAAUUGGAUUCUUCGCCGCAUAUAGCUUCAUACGGAAGAUUUAUGGUGCCGUGAAGAUUGACUAAUUUUGUAGUGUUGACUAGACUAACAACCCACGAAACUAACGAAAGAUAAUCGAUAAGGGACUGAAUAAAAUUGUGCGAUAUUUAGCUCGUGUGCUCCAAGGAACUUUGUGUACCAAUACGAGAAAGUACUACGGAAUGAGCAAAAUGUUUGGGAUAUCUCCUGCACUAAACCCUUUCAAUCCAUACACAGAAUCACUGCUUGUAGGCCAGGUGAAUCAUGAUGUGUUGUAUCUAUUUAUACUAGCUUCGAAAACGAGCGAGGAACAAAUGCGACUAAGUUUUAGAUAUGUUUGCGUGUGAUGAGAAUGUGUUAUUAGCUGAGUGAAUGUCAAUAUGAAUCCACUAAAAGAAAUUAGGAAUUACAUUCAAUCGUUUCAAUUUAGUUUGUAAGAAGGUAGGGGAGAAAUCUCUUGACCACAGAACAAAAGUGACACGUAAAUAAACUCAACGCUGAUCAUGUCAA